GCCGAGGAAGAGCCAGCCAGUGAGCGGAGCCAGGGAGGGAGGAGCACAUCCUGAUGCGGAGAUGCUGCAGUGACUGGGACGCGCACACACACGGCGCGCAGGGACCGCAGCAGAGGCGAGCAGGGAGGAAGGCAGGCCCGCGGGCUCCGCCGAGGGCAGCGCCCAUCUGCCCCAGCCGACACCCUGAUUUCACCUCAGUACCCUCCCAGCCUCUGCCUGCACCCUGCCCUAAGGAUCCAACACCUGCCAUGGGGACACCUUCUGGGAGAAAGUCACACCUGCUGCCUAUGGUCAUCGUGGCCCUUGUCCUGUUCACAGCUCAGAACUCAGCCCAGGGGGGCCCGACCACCUUUGGGCCUGUCUUUGAAGAGCAGCCCCUGAGUUUGCUGUUCCCAGAAGAGUCCACAGAGGAGAAGGUGACGCUGACAUGCCGCGCACGUGCCAACCCUCCAGCCACCUACAGGUGGAAGAUGAAUGGCACGGAGCUGAACCUGGAGCCAGGUUCUCGUCACCAGCUGGUGGGUGGCAACCUGGCCAUCAUGAGGCCCAGCAAGGCUCAGGAUUCGGGGGUGUACCAGUGCCUGGCCUCCAACCCAGUGGGCACCGUGCUCAGCAGGGAGGCUGUGCUUCGCUUUGGCUUUCUGCAGGAAUUCUCCAAGGAGGAGCGGGGCCCUGUGAAGACACAUGAAGGUUGGGGGGUGAUGCUACCCUGUGACCCUCCUGCCCACUACCCAGGUCUCUCCUAUCGCUGGCUCCUCAAUGAGUUUCCCAACUUCAUCCCCACGGACGGGCGACACUUUGUGUCCCAGACCACGGGGAACCUGUACAUCGCUCGCACCAAUGCCUCAGAUCUUGGCAAUUACUCGUGCCUGGCCACCAGCCACCUGGACUUCUCCACCAAGAGCGUCUUCAGCAAAUUCGCUCAACUCAACCUGGCAGCUGGAGACACCCGUCUCUUUGCACCCACCAUCAAGGCCCGCUUCCCUGCAGAGACCUACGCACUACUGGGCCAGCAGGUCACCCUGGAGUGCUUUGCCUUUGGGAAUCCUGUGCCCAGAAUCAAGUGGCGCAAAGUAGAAGGCUCUUUGACCCCACAAUGGGCCGGGGCCGAGCCCACCCUGCAGAUCCCCAGCGUCACCUUUGCAGACGAGGGCACCUACGAGUGUGAAGCGGAAAACUCCAAAGGCCGAGACACUGUGCAGGGCCGCAUCAUUGUGCAAGCUCAGCCAGAGUGGCUCAAAGUGAUCUCAGACACGGAGGCUGACAUCGGAUCCAACCUGCAAUGGGGCUGUGCGGCCGCAGGCAAGCCCCGGCCCACAGUGCGCUGGCUGCGGAACGGGGAGCCUCUGGCCUCCCAGAACCGUGUGGAGGUACAAGCCGGUGACCUGCGAUUCUCCAAGCUGAGCCUGCAGGACUCGGGCAUGUACCAGUGCGUUGCCGAGAAUAAGCAUGGCACCGUCUAUGCGAGCGCAGAACUGGCUGUGCAAGCACUGGCUCCUGAUUUCAGGCUGAAUCCUGUAAGGCGCCUGAUCCCUGCAGCCCGAGGUGGGGAGGUCACUAUCCCCUGCCAGCCCCGGGCAGCACCGAAGGCCACAGUGCUCUGGAGUAAAGGCACUGAGAUUCUGGGCAACAACAGCAGAGUGACGGUCACUUCGGAGGGCACGUUGGUGAUCAGGAACAUUAGUCGGUCGGAUGAAGGCAAAUACACCUGCUUUGCGGAGAACUUCAUGGGCAAAGCCAACAGCACGGGCAUCCUUUCUGUUCGAGAUGCCACCAAGAUCACACUGGCCCCCUCAAGCGCUGACAUCAACCUGGGCGCUAACCUGACCCUGCAGUGCCACGCCUCUCAUGACCCCACCAUGGACCUCACUUUCACCUGGGCCCUAGACGGCUUCGCCAUUGACAUCGAUAAGCCCGGGGCCCAUUACCGUCGGGCCAGCUCAAAGGAGACUGUGGGUGAUCUCACCCUCCUGAACGCGCAGCUGCGCCAUGGUGGAAAGUACACGUGCACAGCCCAGACGGUAGUGGACAGUGUGUCCAAGGAGGCCACCGUACUGAUUCGAGGUCCUCCAGGGCCCCCAGGGGGCGUGGUGGUGAGGAACAUCGAAGACACCACUGUGCAGCUCAGCUGGAGCCGUGGCUUCGACAACCAUAGCCCCAUUGCCAAGUACACGCUGCAAGCGCGCAGCCUUCCCGGGGGGAAGUGGAAGCCUGUCCGCACCAAUCCUGCCAACAUCGAGGGCAAUGCCGAGACUGCCCAGGUGCUGGGCCUCACUCCCUGGAUGGACUAUGAGUUCCGGGUUUUAGCCAGCAACAUCCUGGGCACUGGGGAGCCCAGUGGGCCUUCCAGCAAAAUCAGGACCAAGGAAGCAGCCCCCUCGGUGGCCCCCUCGGGACUCAGUGGAGGUGGCGGAGCCCCUGGUGAGCUAAUCAUCAACUGGACGCCCAUGGCCCGGGAGUACCAGAAUGGAGACGGAUUCGGCUACCUGCUGUCCUUCCGCAGGCAGGGUGAUGCCAGCUGGCAGAGCACCCGGGUGCCUGGUGCCAGUGCCCAGCACUUUGUAUACAGCAACGACAGCAUCCGGCCUUACACACCCUUCGAGGUCAAGAUUCGCAGCUACAACCGCCUCGGGGUGGGGCCUGAGAGCCUCACUUCGAUCGUGUACUCGGCUGAGGAAGAGCCCAGGGUGGCCCCAACCAAAGUCUGGGCCAAGGGGGUCUCCUCCUCGGAAAUGAACGUGACAUGGGAGCCCGUGCAGCAGGACGUCAACGGCAUCCUCCUGGGCUAUGAGAUUCGAUACUGGAAAGCUGGAGACAAGGAGGCAGCUGCUGACCGCGUGAGAACAGCAGGGCUAGACACCAGCGCCCGGGUCACUGGCCUGCACCCCAACACCAAGUACCAUGUGACCGUUCAAGCCUACAACCGGGCUGGCACUGGGCCUGCCAGUCCCUCUGACAGCAUUCAGACCAUGAAAUCCCCUCCACGACAACCUCCAGGCAACAUUUCCUGGACCUUCUCAAGCUCCAGUCUCAGUAUCAAGUGGGAUCCGGUGGUUCCACAGCGCAAUGAGUCUGCGGUCACCGGCUAUAAGAUGCUGUACCAGAAUGACCUGCACCCAAGGCCUACACUCCACCUCACCAGUAAAAACUGGAUCGAAAUUGCAGUCCCUGAGGAGAUCGGGCAUGCCCUGGUGCAGAUCAGGACCACAGGGCCUGGAGGGGAUGGGGUCCCAGCCGAAGUCCACAUUGUGAGGAAUGGAGGUACGGCUUCCCCCACUGGCCCCAGGGGUCAGCAACCAGGACUCAUUCCUUCCAAGACAACCCCAGAGGGAGGGCAGGGCAUACAAGAAACAUGUUUGCCACCCCCAAACCACCUUGCCCCCUGCUCACUGCACACCUGCCCUUGAGAGCCUGGAGCCUCUGAUAGGGUGGGAGGCCCCAGGAAGUACAGUGCUGUAUGAUGCAGGGAUAUUCCUCUCUUGGGGUCCAUGUCUCCUUGGGGAAGGGUGUGCCUCAUUCAGGCAGGAGGCUGAAGUGCUGUCAGCCCCUGACUCUACCUCUGGUCCCUCUUAGGCACGAGCAUGAUGGUGGAGAACUCGGCAAGCCGCCCCAUGCCGCACGCCAGCACUAUCCUGUCCCGCUCCAUGGCCCUGCUGGUGCUCGUGAGCUGCCUGGAGCUCUGAUGGGCCCUUCCAUGCACAGGCUCAUGGUGCCUGAGAGGGGCUGGGUGUCGAAGCCCCUUCAGACAGUGCCUGCAGGUGCUGUUUCCUGCUAGUAAUCCCCAUAAGGACUUGCCCUAAAUCUAGAGGCACUGGGCACUGUGUUCCCUAAGAGUAGGGACACUCUGCCCACAUCACCUGAGAGCCUGGACUUGGGGGCCAGGCCUGGGAGAAGGGGCUCAAACCCAUCCCCCUCAGUUGCAGAGAUGGUGCCUUUGGGCCACACUGACCUCUGCCCCCAGGUGGAGGCCCUGCCCAGGGGACACUUACGACUGUGACUGAGGAAACUCAACAUCGGCCUCCCUCAGUCUUAGGGGGCCCAGCCCUUCCAGAGAAGCAGCUUGGCUGGACCCUGAUCCUGUCCUUGAUGGGGUUUCUACUGUCCUGAAAGGUCUUUGCCCUCCACCAGGUACUGAGAACCAGUACCCCAAAGACUUGCAGCUUUGGGGGUGAUCCUCAUACUGCUGGAGCAAAAUCCAGCACCUGGUGACAUGCUCCAGGCUUGGCCUGAGGCACAGCUCCCACCCAGGUGACAAAGCCUCUUAGCCACCACUGCCAACCUGACACUGUCACCCAGAGUGACGCCACUGGAGGUGGCUGUGUGACUAAAGGGCUUGUCUUGGGGAGGUCCUGCCCCACUGGAGCCAUGGCCAUAGUCCCUCUGUGGGGUGGGCAGUGCAUUGGACCAUGUGCUUACCAUCCACUUCUCUUGCAGACGCCAUGCUGCUGCCUGACACCCACUACCAGGUGUGGGGAGUUGGGGCCGACUGUUAGCUUGGGGUCAGGCAUCAUCUGAGAAAGACAAAGGGGCAGGGUGACCUGCCUACUUCCAGGAUUCCCUGGAGUGCCUGGCUAGGCUGUGUUGGGCAGCUGGCGCUUCCCCAGAGAAAAGGGAAAAGAAGGGGCCAUUUCACGUGCAUUCAAUCAGAGUGUCAGUGUUGGAACAUGCAUAGCAUGCCACUGUCCAAGACCUCCCAUUCUCAGGGGCCACCGGAGGGGCCAGGCAGAGGCUAGGCAGUGAUAGCAGCUGAGCACUGGUGCUCAGUUUCCUCUUCUCUUCCAGGCAUGUCUGGGGGAUGGGGCAAGGUGGAAUGGCUGCACCUGGUGAAGGGGCACAGUGGAUGUUGGGGAGAGGGGUGAAGGCUGCUUUCAAGGGUUCUGUGACUGAUCAUGGGAUGAUAAGCCUGGGGUCAUGGCCUCAGGCUGGGCUCAACCCAGGAGACACCCUGUCCUUGUCUGCCUUCUGCUGUGAUCUGGGCUGUGUUGGCUGGAACCCCUGAGCCUCUUGCUCCAAUCAGAGGCCAAGGCUCUCUGCCAGUCCUGGGUGGCAGUGGAUGUGCGACAGGAACCCCAAUGCCGAAGCUCCAACAGAAAGCUCCUCAGCAGGAGCUGUGGGACCAGCACCACAGUCGGCUCCCCUGGUUCCUGUAGUUUACAGUUAGAGCUCUAUUUUGUUAUGGUUUUUUAAACUUUGAAGUGCUGCCCUGUUUUCCUGGGCAGAUUUCUGUUGUUUACCUUCCACUGGUUUUAGAAAAUGUCAGCUCACACCCCUCAACCAGGGCCCUUCACUCUGCUGAGGACCUGCCUCUGCACCCCUCUGAUCACUCCCACCCCCUCCACACAGGGUGCAGGGGCUCAGCUCUGCCUUAACCAGGAACCCAAAGGCCCUUGCCUGGCCUGUGCCAGAACCAGGGUCUAUGAGGGCCUUUGCCCUGAUCUCUAGGGAAGGGACUGCUGGGACAAGAAGAGCCUCCUGCCCAAGUCUGAGCAAUUCCUUCCCUAGUGACUGCCUGCAAGACUGAGAGGGAUGUGCAGGUCUGUCCCUUAGGGCAAAGUGGCUAGAGGUGUGGUGUGAGUAGGCUUCAGGCCGGAGACAUGUGGGACAGUGAGUGUCAGUUCUGAGGAGGCCCCUAGAAAGGGAGUCGGGCACAGGCCUAGGAAAGCCGCCAGUGGCUGAGCCCUCGGGACUUGAGGAUAGUCCAACUAACAUGUGGAGUUGUCCCUGUGGGAGUGAACAGGCCCCAGCCAGGCAGAGUCCCUGCUGGUCUCAGGCCAUACUCAUCGCCUUGCAGGAGUGGGCUGGGAGCUGAGGGAGUUUGCCCUGAGAGCAUGAAUCACUUCCCUCUUUUGGGAUUGCCUGUCUCUCACCACUGCACCUGCCACCAAGGGGUAACUCCAUGAGGGCCAGAUGCAAUUUCCACUCUGCACAAUUUGUGUGGCUCUUACAUAAGUUCCAGGGAUCACCACUGUCUCAAACUGGAGGGGGGGGGCGGUGAGGUCAGGGUCUCUCCUUCCCUUCAGGCCCCAGAAAUUAGAGGGGCCACAGGAAGCCAGGGUGGGGUUGGGAGGUAGUUUUUUUAAACAUUGAAGUGAUCAAAUAGCAGGAGUCAGGUUUGACAUCAGGAGAUAAAAACAUUAGAGUAAGCAGGUUCUACCAGUUAUAGGGAGCUUGGGAGACUUGUGACUGCCGUGGGCUGGGGUCUCAGUUAGGGGGAGCCUGGAUGGGUGUGGGAUGCUAUAUCCACCACACCCCAAAGGACCUGGCUGGCCCCUACUGCAUGGGGAACAGGGAAUCUCCCCUGAGUGAAGACCUUGCUGCCUUGAGGUUCAUUUGCUUCCCUCUCUGAGCUGGUGUCAGGCCCUUCUGCAUUACAGGGAGAGCAUCACUGUCAUUCCAAGUUGACACUUAGGGUGGUGCCUCUCCCUGGUUCACACCCUAGUGAGGGUGUGAGAGAUUUAGACGGACAUUCUAAAGGGCCUCCUGGGAAGAGGUACCCAGAGGCUGAGGGGCACCCUGAACUUACAGAGAUGACCACAGGGCUGGGUAGCCACAGAAAGCCAGUGUCUUUAGAUGGGUGCACCCAGCCCUGCCCUGAGCUUCAGGCUGCCUCCUGUGGACACACACAGUUUGGAGAAGCUCACAGCUGGGAAGCGGCCAAUGCCUCAUCCUGCCACAAACCUGACUCACACUUGACCAAAUGGAAUGGCUCCUGUGGGCCCCAGCUUUGGUCCCAUCUUUGUCUCUCUGUAUUUCUUGUCUGGUAGUUAUUUAUUGACUCUGGUAGCAACAAUUCUUAAAUAAAGAUGGUUUCCCAAUCUGUGAGGCAGAGAA